AUGCCUAAUCAGCUCAGAUAUCAAUUUAUUGAUACGUUGCUUCGAGAAUACCAGAAACAAUUAAAAUUUAUUUCAAAAUCAACAGUUAACAAAGUUAUGCCGUCUCUGAUGGCAUGCUGCGAAUGAUGUCUGAGUCUCCUGCAUCGGUUACGGAAAGCGUACACACAUGGUAUAGUUUACCACAAGCGGUCCCCAAUUCAAUGUUGUUGCCGUUGUAGUGAUGAACUCCGGUCUUCGCCAACAUAGCGUAGUAUUCGAUCUCAGACUUCCUUAGAGGUGGGGUAUUAUUAGCAAUGAUGACCAGUUUAGCUUUGCCAUUACGAAGAGCUUUCAGCGUCUGCUUGUACCCCAGAACGUAUUUACCAGUCUUCAUAACCAUAGAUAAUCGGGUAUUGAUAUUCUCAGCAUUUUUCUUAACUUGUAAACGGCGAAAUACAUACCGGACCGAAAUCCGGAAGUACGCCGAUUGCAAAGAAAGUUACAUCCUUCUCAAUUAGAAAAUUCAGACUCCAGCACCUAGGACCUUCUCAGUCCGAAUUUCUAACUCCAGAGUAACUCUCACGAACCUCCUUUGUAAUCGGCCACCGUUUGGCAGGGUCCCAUUGUAGCAGCUUUUCAGUCACAGAUAACGAAAUGGUUCAAAGAGUGUUCCGUGCUGAGAUUUAUGUUUGGAAAUUGGGGUCUCGAAUAGUUACUUAUUUUCCGGGUCAGUGGGCAUCACUUGCAAUUUGUUUUGCAAAGAGCGCAUCGUUACUUUCAUGGGUUGCUACGGGCACAACGUAUCUUUGUGGAGUUGUGAGGAAGAUUCUAACGUCUGCUUCCGAUCGUUUCUUAGGUUGA